UCGAAUGAGGAUCAAAUUCUGACAUGGUUGGAAAUUGAAGCUACAGUGCCGAUGAUAGGGAAAAGCGCUAAGACUAGAAGAAAACCUGUCUUGCGGAAAGUAUCUGGAGCAGCUUUGCCGCACGAAGUGCUUGCUAUAAUGGGUAGCAGUGGAGCUGGAAAGACAACACUCAUGAACAUUCUAGCGUUUCAAAGUAGUAAGGAAGUAGAGAUAAGUGGUGCCAUUCUGGUGAAUGGAAGGGCAAUGACAAAACAAGAAAUGCGGAGCAUGUCAGCAUAUGUUCAACAGAUCGACCUAUUCUGUGGGACAUUAACAAUAAGUGGUGCCAUUUUGGUGAAUGGAAGGGCAAUGACAAAACAAGAAAUGCGUAGCAUGUCAGCAUAUGUUCAACAGAUCGACCUAUUCUGUGGGACAUUAACAGUCAGGGAACAGUUAACAUAUUCGGUAAGCUUCUGCUAA